AUGGACCACGACGCACCCGCCAAGUCGCUUCAGCGUAAGCCCGGAGCAUCUGCUAACCUCACCUCGGGCAAUCCAACGUCCGGCUAUCCCCUCAACUACGCUUCCACAUCCGCAACCACCCUCGAUCGCAAUGCUCCCACCAGCCGCGCUCAAUUGUCAGAUCGAUCCGACUCAUCAGCAGCAGCUCGCAGGAAUUCAUCUGCGUUGACCGAAUCUGCUGCCGACCUUGUGACUCGAUUGUAUGCAUCCGCCCCGGAGCGCCAGCUCUUCGACCAAAUCUCCCUCAAGAGCUUUGCAAUCUUCGAAGAUCGUCGCACUCUCGAGGACCAGCAUAAGAAGCUCAAAUCUGUCCAAGACUGGCUCAACAAGGCAGGCUCCAACGAUCAAAAGAACCUCGCCAGACUCACCGAGCAGCAGCAGACUGUGGCCCGUUUGCAGCAAAAGAUCAACUCCGACUCGGACGACCUCUACCGCAUGCAGGUCCGAUGGCAAGUCGACUUGAAUGCGCAGAUCAUGCCCUCGCUACUGGCCUCUCUUACCGCACCGUUGGAAGCUAAGCUGCAGGAUCUUAGCCAGGAGGUCAGGAUCGAGCGCGAAAAGGAUCGCAAGCGUCACGACGAGCUCGAUCAACAGGCGCGCACGGUCUCUGGUCAGGUCAAUCGUCUCCAUAGCGACUGUAGCAGAAUCAAGUCCGACGUCUCGGCGCUCACCAAAGACAAAGACCGCCUUCACAACGAGAUCACAGACACGCGCAAAGAGCUUCGCAAGGACGUCGACAAGGACGUCAAACAGAUUUCCGACCAUUGCGCACGCAUCAAGCGUCUCGAGCAGAAAGUGGACGCCUUCGUUGAAAAUGCUCCCCGUCCAUCUGUCGCACAGCGCACCUCCACCGCUAGCGCCUCGGCACGUGCGCCAUCAACCACUCCUUCCAGUCCCGGUGCAGCCUCGAUGGCAAGGCCGCGCGUCACCUCGCCUGCCCAUGAUUCACGCCAUCGUCCUGCUCUACAAUCCGCCUCCGCCGCAAAGGAUGUAGCAGCAUCGACCGCCAUUGUCAACGGAACUUCUGCACAGGAUGACUCCUAUGCAGCCGAGAGAUCUGCUUCGGCUUCCGGUUCCAGACCGGUCACACAAGCUCAGUUCCGCAAGUGGGUGGCCAACAACGAGCAGGAUCUUGCAUUGCGACUCGACGAGAUCAAGGAUAUCGCCGUUCAAGAUGCUACCGCAGAGAAUCAGGCCUGCAUGGAACAGCGCCUCCGAGCGCUCGCACGUGCAUGGAAGAAGAAGGCUCUCAAAAGAGACGAUCCGACAGAGGAUCAAGAUCAGGCUGCGUCACAUGCAGAUACGCGCGAGUCCACGGCAGCGGCCGCAAGAACAACCGCCGCUGUCGAAGGUGCAACGUCCAUGGAGGUGGAAAUAGUUGUUCCACCUGAACAGCAGCCAAUCAACUCCGACGCAAGGCGAGCAGGUACAAACGGGGCAAGUCCGUCCACCAACUUGCAGCCUGACGCAACAGUCGUCGUGGAUGUCUCGACGCCUGACGCCACAUCGCAGGCCUCGCCCGUCGCUGCAUCCACUUCCGAUCAAGCGAAAAUCAGCACCGACAGCGAUGCGUCGGCAGCAAGGCCCGGUUCGGCUCCAGCGACAACUCAAAGCGCAUCGUCGGGCUUGACACAGCCAACGAAUCUGCAGCAGUCGUCCGCCGAGAAGGGUAAAGAUACCAAAACGCAAAUCGUGACCAUGCCCGCGGCAAUCGUGAAGGACAUACGGCUCUCGCUCGAGGAUUGUCAGUCGCGGCUCGCUACCGUCGAGCAAGUGAUUGACUCGCUACGCUCGAUCGAAAGCGAAUGGGUCGCAAGGCUUAUCGAGUCCCCCGACAAGCUGCAGCAACUGCUCACAGCGCUCAAGGACAAUGGUCUGGGCAACGUGGCCGAAAAUGCGCGCAUUGCGCUCGUCCGGCUCGGGAGUGAGGUGGUGACGAUCCAGUCCGGAAUGGAGAUCAUACGGAGCGCAGAAGACGAGUCAAAGGCGCGCAUCUCGGCAGUGGAGGAGCGCGGACAGCAGAUCAUCGAUAUCGUCAACGAGAAGGUCAACUAUCUGCAGCGGCAGUUCGAGGCGCUGGACGACCAGGCUGCGUUGCAGGGUGCGCUUCUGGUGCGUCUGUGCGAGCACGCGAAUCCGCGAAAAUCGCAGCCGAGAGCGAUCACGGCGACAAGUGGCACAUCGAGCCAAGCUGUGCGAACAACUCAGUCUCCCGUAGUUCAGUCGCCAUUGGUCCAGCACGCCCAGCACGUUCAGCCUUCCGUGCUGCGACAGGAUCAUCAGCCACAGCCGCAGACACAUCUUGCAGCUGGGCAGCACCAGCAGUCUACGUUGUCCGGUGCCAUGAUGAGACCGCGAGCUUGCCUGGACCAAGUUGCAACGGCAUUAUCGGCGCACAUGCACCCAACGGCUUAUGCACAAGAACACGCGCAGCCGACCCUGCUGAACAGUGCGCAAGCGCAAGCCUACCAGCAAGCUCAGCAGCAGGCUCAACAACAGCAGCAGCAGCAGCAGCAGCAUUCAUCAUUCACGGUACCAGGUGUCGCGUAUCCGUAUCCGAACCCGAAUCAGCGCCAGGGCUUCCACUAG